AUGUUUCUGCCCGUCAAGUCGAACACCUCCCCGGUAGGCAACGACACGGCGAACGGUGGCGAAGAUGUCACCACUGUAACAUGCAACUCCACGCAGACACCGAGCGAUCUCAGCCCACCGAACAUGUCGAACGACGACAUACUACCGCAGGCCCACCACCAGAACCCUGGCCACUGCAUAGCGUCCUUUUCCGCCAUCAACCGCAUGCGCCAGAAUGCACAGCUUUGCGACGUCACGCUCGAGGUCGGAGGCGAAACGAUCAACGCCCACAAAGUCAUACUGGCGUCGGUUUCGCCGUACUUCUACGCCAUGUUCAACGAUGAUAUGCUCGAGCGGAACUGCGACGUGGUCACGCUGCACGAUAUCGACCCGUCCUCGCUGAAGCAGCUCAUCGAGUACGCGUACAGUGGCGAGAUCACCAUCACCGAGGAUAACGUGCAGGUGCUUCUACCCGCGUCGAGCCUGUUGCAGAUCCAAUCGGUACGUGAAGCGUGCUGCAAGUUUUUGCUCCGCCAGCUGCAUCCCUCGAACUGUCUGGGAAUUAGAAGCUUCGCAGAUGCCCACUCGUGCAAGGAGCUGCACUCCCGAUCCCACCGCUACGCCCUGCAGAACUUCCAGCAAGUCGUCGGCACCGAGGAGUUUUUAUUGCUAGGAUUUAAUGAGGUGCAGGAUUUGAUUUCCAACAGCCAGCUGAAUAUCUGCUCCGAAGAGAAGGUGUUUGUGGCCGUGCUGAACUGGAUCAAGCACGAUCUGAGCGAACGCAAGAAGCACAUAUCGGAGUUGAUGUCGCACGUCCGGUUGCCGCUGGUUAGCCGCGAGUUCCUGAUGAACUGCGUCGAAACGGAAGCGCUCGUCCGUGAGGAAUCCCACUGCAAGGAGCUGCUGCUCGAAGCGAUGAAGUAUCACCUGCUGCCAGAACAACGCAGCUCACUGGUAAGCCAACGGACACUCGAACGUCGUCCUGAAGGCAUGCGAUCGUACAUCUUCGCCGUCGGUGGAGGUAGCCUUUUUGCGAUCCACAACGAGUGCGAGUGCUACAACCCGAAGACGAACGCGUGGAUGACGAUCUCGCCGAUGAUAUCGCGUCGAUCACGUGCCGGUGUCACCUCUCUCCGGAAACUGCUGUACGUCGUCGGUGGAUAUGACGGGGAGAACGAUCUGGCCACGGCCGAAUGUUACAACCCGUUGACGAACGAGUGGACCAACAUUACCCCGAUGGGCACGAAACGCUCCUGUCUUGGCACGUGCGCCUUCGAUGGGUUAUUGUACGUGUGCGGAGGAUAUGACGGAGCGUCGUGUUUGAGCAGUGUCGAGCGGUAUGAUCCGUUGACCGGAGUGUGGACAUCCUGCCCGGCGAUGAGCACUCGACGCCGGUACUGCCGAGUGGCCGUACUGGACAACUGCAUCUACUCGCUGGGAGGUUUCGAUUCGAGCAACUAUCAAUCGUCGGUUGAGCGGUUUGAUCCACGGGUCGGCAGUUGGUCCUCCGUACCGAGCAUGACCUCCAGGAGGAGCAGUUGUGGUGUGGCCGCUCUCGAUGGGUAUCUCUACUGCAUCGGUGGUAGCGAUGGCACAAUGUGCAUGCAAACCGGUGAACGAUUUAACCUACGGACAAACGCCUGGGAAGCGAUCAGUGCGAUGCAUUCGAGAAGGUCAACCCACGAAGUCGUGGAAGCGAAUGGAUUCCUGUACGCUCUUGGCGGUAACGAUGGCUCGUCUUCACUGAAUUCCGUCGAGCGGUACGAACCGAAGGUGAACAAAUGGACCAUCGUCACGUCAAUGUUGACACGACGCAGCUCGAUCGGUGCCUCAGUGCUGGAGUGCUUCAAUCUCGAGCGUGGCCUCCUGCAAACCAGCAUUUGA